UCUUCUCUGGCGCAACGAAGUUGGCAUUCGAUCACUUUUAGAAGAAGACCUUGAAUUCAAUCAUGAUUACAAUAACGUAAUGGUCACCCAUGGUUAUGACAAACAAGGGUAUCCUGUUUGGUACUUGGUUUUAGAGGAUGUUUUGGGAGACAAUCUUUCUUACAAUGAACAAAAACAGCGAAAGCUUCUUCGUUGGCUUAUUCAAUUUACAGAGAAGAAUAUCAGGAAGCUUAUUUUCAGCACAAGAAAGGUAUAUUCUAUUUCAUUAGUCAUAGAUCUUAAAAGCUUAACAAGGUAUGGCAAUGGCGACCUGUACAGGGUCGUCUACAAGUUUCUGCAACUGCUUCAUGAUCAUUAUCCAGAAUUUGUUGCCAAACAGUUGUGGAUCAAUGUUUCGUGGUGGUAUCGGAGUUACUGCCGGAUCUAUUCAAUGGUGUUUGAUGUAUGGAGCACGAACCAAAUAGUAGUGUUUUCGGGUCAAACAAAAACCAUUGAAACUCUUUUCAAAUACAUUUCUCCUGCACAAGUCCCAGUGAAAUUUGGUGGUCUAAGCCGAGAUUAUGAUGAGGAUUUUCACCAAUCUAACGCUGAGGAUAUUGUUUCAGAAGUUACCAUCAAGCCUGAUAGUUCACAAAGAAUAGAGUUCCAUUUUGCCAAGUCAUGUAGUGUACUCUGGGAACUAAGAAUGAUAAUCUGGGAUGCAAUAUAUGAUGCGAAAUUUGUCCCAGACACGAAGGGAAAUUACAUUACACACAUAUCGAGGCCACGGAAACUCAAGGAAAGUGAUGAACCUGUCAUUUCUGAAGGUUUCAGACUGAAUGAGCCUGGCAAACUGGUAAUCACAAUUCGCAAUACAAGUUCAAAGAAGAAGCUGCUGCUCACUAGAGUUCAAGUUAUAUCACCCAGACAGAAUGUGGAGCCUGAACCUUCUUUACGCGGUUGGUUAGUAGAGUCAGAUGAAGAAAAUAGCAUUACUAGUUGACUGAUAUUCUAAUCUAUACAACCAUCCUGUUCAAAUUCCUAAAUUUUGGUUAUUAUUUUGGCUUUAUGUUUCUUUUUUCCAAAUCUACCCCUGUUUCUCUUCCCGUCUCUUGCACCAAAGCAAACGCAGAGGUACUGCCAGUAGAAAAAACAGCUCGGAAAGGGGGAUUGAGCGAAGAAAAGAAGACUAAGGGGGUUGAACUAAGGUACAGUGGAAAUUCACAUCAGCAGCAAUCAUUUCAGAUCAGCUUAAUUGCAUGUGUGUAGACUAAUAGGGUUGUGUGGUUUAGCUUAAUUUGAUGGUUUAAAAAGGCAGAGUUAGUGCAACAACACAAAUAAUUCUCAAAGAUAUCAUAAUUUCUAGGAAAAAGUUUCAACUAACAUACAUUGAAAGUGGCAGAACACCUAAUUAAGGAGAUGUGACUCUUUCCAGAAAUGUACCCCUAAAAUCUAAAUGAUAUUUGAGGUACACAAAAUGUGACAGAUUGAGCUAUUCUCCAGUAAUAAUAUAUUUACCUGAGAGUGACUUUGCACCAGGG